CCACGCCCCUCUCUGUGACCCACCUCCAGCCUCGGGCGUUUUCCUGAGACGGUGUCCCCGCGGGGUCAAAUUUCAGCGUUACAGCAGGGGACUGGCUUCGCGGUCCCUCAUGGGAGAGCAUGAACAGGUGCGACCUUGUUUUGGCCGGCCUACCCCGGGACCGUGACUACUGUGUAUCCCAUCACCAUUCAACACCUCUGCCCUCUCCUGCACCUCUGCCUGUCGUCGAGAAGAAAGACAAGUACUGGGGUUCCGCUGGCUGUCCGUGAAUGAAGUCUUUCCCCCUAGGGGCCUCCUCAGGCAAAUCUUUGGGCUGCGUGACUCACUGGCCCUCACAGCCUGAGAUCCCAGGACCUGCUGCUUCUGAGCACUUAGGGAGACGCCUAGAUCUGGAAUCAGAGACGGGGCCAGGGCCUCAGUCACAUGGAACUUCUUCCUGUUCCAACCUGGACCUACAUAAGGGGCGCUGCAAGGACCAGGACCUUCUAAAGAGGCAUUACAACAUAGCCAAGAAGUCCUCAGAUGCCAGCUCUUCCAAAGGGAAAUUGAAGUCCACCAUUGUGGUUCCUGAUUCCCAGAAGGUCCUUCGAUGCGAACUGGAAUCACUCAAGAGCCAGUUGCAGGCUCAGACCAAGGCAUUUGAGUUUCUGAACCAUUCUGUGACCAUGUUGGAGAAGGAGAGCUGCCUGCAGCAGAUCAAGAUGCAGCACCUGGAAGAGGUCCUAAACCCCACAGGACGCCAGGGAGAGAAGGAGGGGUGCAGAGGCACAGAUCAAGGCCGGCAGGAGCUGUAUGGGGCCUUGGCCCAAGGCCUGCAGGGGCUGCAGAAGACCCUGAGAGAGGGUGAGGAGGUGCAGAGGGCGCGCACCACGCGCUGCCUACAGCUGCUGGCCCAGGAGAUCCGGGACAGCAAGAAGUUCCUGUGGGAGGAACUGGAGUUGGUAAGGGAGGAGGUGACCUUCAUCUAUCAGAAGCUCCAGGCCCAAGAGGAUGAGAUCUCAGAGAACCUGUUGAACAUCCAGAAGAUGCAACAGACACAGGUGAAAUGCCGGAAGGUCCUGACCAAGAUGAAACAGCAAGGGUAUGAACCAUCUUCUUGGCCAGACACCAGUGAGGCACCAGAGGAAGGCAGUGGCUGCUGGAAAGGUGACUUACGGAAGGAGCUGAGUGACAUAUGGUCUGCUGUUCACAGACUACAGAAUUCCAUUGACUGUCUUGCUAUGUCCACAGGAGCCCCGCCCAGGGCCUCAAGCCUCAGGGGCCAUAAGGGACAUCGGUGCUUGAGCCCUCCACAUCCAGCCUGGGAUUCCGACUCAGACUGCGAACCACCUUUCAGCAAGAGUUGGUCCUUCCAAUCUGCUUGAGCAGGCGGGACUGCUCACCCUGAAGACCCCAAAGAGAAAUAAACUAAUCGAGAAUCUCCUCUGCCCUGGACUUUUGCUUCUGCUGUUUCAUGAGACUAGAAGCCUCUCUGCCCCACUCCCAGUUUAACUCCUCACUAUCCAGAGGUUGCAGAGAUUCUUGGGGAUGUGUGGAUCUAAAUAGAUGGGAUAGUUGAGACAAGAUUUAGUACAUGAGGGCUGAGUGUACUGGCUUAUCAGAAGUUCAAAGUCACGGGGUGUGGUGGU